AUGCCUAGCUAUGCCAAAUUUAUGAAGGAUAUAUUGUCUAAGAAGAGAAAGCUGGGAGAUUUUGAGAUAGUUGCUUUAACAAAAGAGUGUAUUGCUAUCUUGCAGAAGAAACUUCCACCAAAGCUCAAGGACCCAGGUAGCUUCACUAUUACUUGCACCACUGGUACUCAGUUUUUUGGGAGAGCUAUUUGUGACUUGGGGGCUAGUAUAAAUCUUAUGAAACUUUCUAUCUAUAAAAAGAUUGUUUUGGGGGAAGCGAAGCCUAGUUCUAUCAUAUUACAGUUAGCAAAUUGUUCAUUCGGUGAUCCAAAGGGUAUAGUGGAAGACAUUAUGGUUAAGGUGGAGAAGUUCAUAUUUCCUGCAGAUUUUAUUGUGCUUGAUAUGGAGGAGGAUAGAGAAAUCCUGAUAAUUCUUGGGCGGCCAUUCUUAGCAAUAGAACGAACUCUUAUUGUUGUGAAAAAUGGAGUGCUAACUAUGCGAGUACAAGACCAAGAGGUGACCUUUAAUGUUUUUCAAACUACAAAAUGCACAAUUGCAACUGAUGAAUGUCAUAGAGUUGAUGUAAUCUUUCGAGAGUCAUUGGAGCAAGCAAAAGAAAUGCAAGAUGAAUUGAGGAAGAAAAAAGAAAUUUAG